CACUGUCGUGCUGCCGGAGAAGUGUGAACGGGUGUGAAGUUUAAAGAGCGUGGCAAGUUGACAGGAAGACUUCAGAUUUGUUGAAAUGGCUGCAACCUGCACACGGCUAGCGAAGUGUCCAACUGUCGCUCUUUCUAACGGUCUUCAGGUGCCCAUUCUUGGCCUCGGCACAUCUCACCAUGGAGGCUACUCCCACCGUGCUGUUGUCUACGCCUUAAGAGAAUGCGGGAUUCGCCACAUCGACACGGCCAAGCGCUACGGGUGCGAGUCCGACCUGCAGAAGGCCAUCCGCGAGAGCGGCGUCGAGCGGCAGCAGCUGUGGAUCACGUCCAAGCUGUGGAUCACGGACUAUGGGUACCAGACCACCAAGCAGGCCUGCCUGGAGUCGUGCAGAAGACUGGGAGUCGACUACUUAGAUCUGUACCUGAUCCACUGGCCAGACGGACGGUCACCGACUACGUCCAGCCGAGAGAUACGAGCUGAAACGUGGAGGGCAAUGGAGGAGCUGUAUGAUGAGGGGGUCUGCCGGGCAAUCGGGGUCAGCAACUUCCUCAUUUCUCAUCUGGAGCAGCUCAAGGAGGACUCCAGUAUUGUGCCACACGUCAAUCAGGUGGAGUAUCACCCUUUCCAAAGACCACAGGAGCUGGUGGACUAUUGCCAGAGCCAGGACAUUGUCUUUGAAGGGCACUGCCCCCUGGCCAAAGGGGCAGUCUUCACUGACCCCACCAUCACUGAGCUGGCAAAAAAGUACGGGAAAACUCCGGCCCAGAUCAGCAUCCGAUGGAGCAUCCAGAAUGGCAUCAUCACCAUCCCCAAGUCCACCAAAGAGGAGAGGGUUUUGGAGAACUGCCAGGUGUUUGACUUUUGCAUGGAGCAGCAGGACCAGGACCUCCUCAACCACCUCACACCCACCCGAAGGAUGAUCCACCUGACGUACCCGCUGUGGAACGGAUAACCUGAAAGAUCAAAGUCGCCUUUCCUGCACUCUGCCCCCUCCCCCGAUGCCCCGUUGUGUCUCUCUGCCCCAGAUGAUGAUGUUGCACCCGUGCCCAGCGGCUCUAUAAAUCAGUCGCCCAUCUGCUCCCUCUGCCUGGAUGACGCUCAUUUUCAUGUCUGAUGGGGGGUUACGGCCCCCCAUUUUCUGCCCUGUGAUUGGCCGUCUCCCAUGUGCCCCCACGCCGGCUCAGCUGCUCCUUUUCUUCUUCAUGUCACGCAUGGCAAGUAAACCAUAAGGCAGAUCGGUGAGCGGAUACAAGCAGCGGCAGGGUCCUCUUCAAGGGUCUCCGCUCACCGUGGCCGUCUGGGGGGGCCGCACCUUAUUUCUUUCUUUGAUUGCUGUGCUUAGUGUACGAGAACAGAUUUAUGGGAUGGCAGAUGGUUUUACUGAGUACCACCUGGGCCACGUGACCCCCAAAUCGUCUCGCCUGCCUUUGACCCUCGUCCUCUACAUGCAGGCCUUGGGCUGUCGGGCUUCCAGCUGUCCUGCUGUAUGCGAGAUGUACGGUGGGCACACUGAGUGGGCACUGUACAGGCCAAGGAGACCAAGUCUAGACUGGUGCCUGGCUGUGCCCUGGAGCUCCCACCGUACACGGCCACUGCCCACGAUGUACAAGUUGUCACACGUUAAUGUUAAGCUCAGGAGCAGGGGGCUGGAAGAGAGCCCACCCUGAUGCCACGCACAUGGAAAUGCACAGCUUUCAGGCUCUUAUGACAGAUUUUUCCAAAUGCCCGGCACAGGUUGCUGGUUUGUGCCCCACGCCUGGCAUUAACAGCAAUGGGCACAGAGCAAAUUGACACACACUAAGGGUGAUGCCCGUGUAAAGAUGUGACCCCCAACCAAACGCAGUGGACUGUCCUGAUGAGGCACUUUGAUGGCUUUUCUAAUAAUGGCUUCCCCCCUUUGGUGCCCUGAUUUCCAUUAUGAACACCACAGGUCUUUGCCUGUUGUUGCCACCCUGCAGUGGGCUCUCCUUAUGAUGGCAUUUGCACUUGAGGUGCCACCAGGAGGUCUGGCUCAUCUCGUAAUCUACAGUUGAGGGUGGGCACUGCUGUUGGUCCUCCUGGUGCUGUCAUUCCGGGCCUUCCAGCAUGUGGCCUGCCUGUCCUCAUGAGAAUACGAGGGUCUGCUCAGAGGGGCCGUCCAGGGAAGUUUGAGACGAGGACCACCUGUGUGUCCUAAUCAUGGCAGCCUGGUCCCUCACAGGGCACACGUGUGGCUCUCACCUGGUAAGGUCAGCCUAGUUAUUCUGCUGCGAUCUUAGAAUGGAACCCGGUCCACGUCAUCUGGCGGACCCUCCUCAUGGGCACAGCCAGGUCACCCAAACAACAACCCCCCAUAAAAAAAAAAAAGCACACGGGCACUGAUGUGGAGACCUUCUGAUGGAGACGACCCUUCAGCGGGACAUUCAGCAACCCGUGGGUCCCGACCUUCAGUCCUGGUGGGACCCCCCAUUGUGGCUGCAAGUUUUUGUCCGGCGUUGACUCCGACCGACCGUCGUCUGGCAGGCCUUUCACAAACUGCACGUGUUAAACAUUUAGAGAAUAAAGCGAACUUUUCAAAGA